AUGGUUGAUCUCAUUCGGAAGCCUCAUGAUUUGAUUAUUGUCAUGGAAAGAGCCAAAACCGACCUACAAAAAGUAUUAUACCAUGAAGGGAUUCCAAUUAACGAAGAGGAAAAGAGAACUAUACUAAACCAACUUUUCAAAGGUCUUUCUGCAAUACAUAACAACAAAAUCAUACACAGAGAUAUAAAGCCCUCGAAUGUCCUGAUUUCUUUCGACGGAAUCAUCAAAAUCACUGAUUUUGGCCUGUCAGUGCCUUUGGAAAGAGGAGUUAAACACAGUCUUCGCGGAGGAACGCUUUUCUAUAAAGCUAUCGAGCUGUUGAUGGGUGAUGAAAAAUAUGAUGAAAAAGUAGAUAUGUGGGCUUCAGGCUGUUGCAUGGCUGAACUGUGGCAGAGGAAACUACUUUUCCUCCCAGCAUGUAGGACUGUGACAAAGCAGGUUGCGGCUAUCUCUGAAUACUGCAGCUUUCCUACUGAACAAGAAUGGCCUGAAGUAGUUACGUACCAAUACUACAGCCCUUUGUUGAAUCUCAACCAUCAUUACAAGGAGAACCGCUUAGUGGAUAGUGCCCAACGGAUCACUGAGGGAGAAUCAUCGGCAGCAGAUCUACUCACAAAAUUACUUACCUUGAAUCCCAAAGAUCGAAUCAGCUCAAAUCAAGCCCUAACUCAUGAAUACUUCACACGAGCGCCAGUAGAACCUAAUGUAGAGAACCUUGUCAAAAAAAUGAAUGGGUUGAAGCUGAAAUCGAUGGAAACUUCAAGUCUGCAUUGAUGUUUUGAACCUAAACAACUAGAGAAUAUGGACUAUGGGCUGGCCUUUCAACUAUGGACUA